AUGACAAAAGCCGUUGAUGAUGAAGAGUCUCGAUACAUUGAGGACCCUACUUUUGAAGCUGCUGCUGUAUUUACAGGUGGCAGGGAUGGCGUUUCGUACAGUAACCAGCGAUUUGCUGAGGGUUCCAGCCAUUCUUCUAACUUGGCAAAAUCACUAGAAGACUAUCGACCUCCUGAUGAGAAGCUCUCUUCGUUGUCAUCACGCGGGGAAGGUGGCGCUAACGAGAAAGAGGAGGGCGGUAACGACGGUGGUCCCUUGGCGAGAAUACAAACAGGACUUUUUUCUCCGAGGUUGCGAAAUCAUAGGAAGAAAAUAUUGUUGAAGUUUGUCUUCAACAACUUCUUCAUCGCGUGUGUGUGUGUCUCGCUCAUAUCGAUAUAUUGGGGUGCCUGUUACGGAACGGAUCGUUACUUUUUUAAAGUAAAAAAUAUUGUUGUGUUGCAGGAUGUGCCAUCUAAUAAUUCUGUUCAGUCUAUCUCGGCCAUCAUACCCUCAUUGUUAACGUCUAUCCCUGGGACAUGGCAAGUCUAUAAUGCGACAUCAUUUCAUAGGAAAUUUGGCUCGACAAACUCCAGCGAAAUUGAUGCAAAAGUGGUCGAUUUAAUUCAUGAAGAGAGAUAUUGGUUGGCGUUAAAUGCUAAACCAAAUGCUACGGACACUUUGUAUAAUUCUUUGAUUAGCCGGGAUGCAAACUCGCAGUUUAAUUCAUCAGAUUUUUUUGAGUCGGUGUUUGAAAGCGGUCGUGACCCAUCGAGUGUUAGAUCAACCAUUUUACCACUAAUGGAACAAUUGGAAGCCGGCUUUCAAAAAUAUUAUGUGAAGGAAUAUCUUCCCUCAUUGAUGAGCAACAUUACUUCCAGUGGCAGAGAUCUUAAUAUAAACAUGGAGAAUUGGGCGAUUGCAGGGCAGUUGUUGUUUGCCUAUAACGAUUAUCGUCCUUUUGCUGAUCGUAUUCUAAUGGCUCCUUUGCAGGUCGGUUUGAUUUAUUGUAUUUUGUUAACAGUUUUACAACUAUCAUUAUAUGGUAAGUUGCAUGGGGAAAUGGCCAAAGUGCUGAAACCAAAGCAUAUUCUAAUCUAUAGGCUUUCAAUUUCUUGGGCAACCUAUUUCCUUCUUUCCAUUGGGUUCUGUACCGUAUCCGCAAUCUUUAGGGUCGAUUUCACCCCUGCCUUUGGUAGAGGAGGGUUCGUGAUAUAUUGGAUGUCUACGUGGUUAGUAAUGAUGGCUGUCGGUGGUGCCAAUGAAAACGUUCUGAGCUUAGUUAUAGCUUAUUGCCCUCCGUACCUGAGUAUUUGGUUAAUGACAUGGAUCAUUUUGAAUAUUUCGGCCUCAUUCUAUCCAAUGGCUUUGAACAACGAAUUUUAUAGGUACGGCUAUGCCAUGCCGAUUCACAAUGCCGUGGAUAUCUACAAAGUGAUUUUUUUGAAUUUAACCAAAAGAAAAAUGGGCAGAAAUUACGGUAUUCUCGUGGCAUGGGUUGCUCUCAAUACAUCUUUGAUGCCACUUUGUAUGAAGAUUGCAGGCAAAAAAAUGCAAAAAAAUGCUAUGCAAGUCGCAGAAGCUGCUGUCGCCGCAGCUGCCCGUCGUAGUAGCCGCCCGGCAGAAACCAACACUGAUAACAAUAACAACCCUCCCAGAAUUGAGGGGAAAGACUAA